GAAGUGUGCGUGCAGAAACAGAUGGAAGGUUUCUGAAUGGAUUGAAAGCGCGGAAGUUUUAUAUACAAUGACAGCUUCAGAGCCUAAACUUAUUUUGUUAUUCAGCGGAAAACGGAAGUCUGGCAAGGACUACGUGACAGAUUUAAUACAAAAAAGGUUGAGUCCAGAGCUGUGCUGCAUCCUCCGGCUUUCUGCUCCACUUAAAGAGCGAUAUGCACAGGAGCACGGGCUGGACUACGAGCAGCUAUUGGGAGCAGGGCAGUAUAAGGAGCAGCACCGGGCGGAGAUGAUCCGCUGGGGGGAGAGCAAGAGGCACCUGGACCCAGGCUUCUUCUGCCGCAUGGUGGUGUGCGGGGCCACUCAGCCCGUGUGGAUUGUGAGUGACUGCAGGCGCAUGUCUGAUUUGCAGUGGUUCUAUAGUGAAUAUCCACAGCGGUGUGCGAGUGUCCGAGUGGAGGCCUCUGACCAAACCAGGGCUCAGAGGGGAUGGAGAUUCACUGCAGGAAUAGACGAUGCAGAGUCUGAAUGUGGUCUGGAUCAGGGAGUGGACUUCGACUGGACUAUAAGGAACGAAGGAGACAUCACUUUUCUCGAUGGACAGCUCGAGGGACUGUUGUCAUUAGCUAGGGAGAGGACACAGGAGCACCAAUACACACAAGACAGUAUAAAAUCAAAUGGACAAUGAACAGGAGACUUACCUGUGGAACAAAAGUAUUAUGUAGACUUAUUAUCGUAGACCAUGUUUACUUAAACGAAGGGGGCUGUUUUUGGAUCGCCUCGAGAGUGACAGGUUUAUAGUAAGAUUUGCUCAAUGUCAUGUUGCUGUUUACCUUCGUGUUGCAUUUGUGACUUAUUGCAUCAUCUUUUCCUGAGGCAUGCGAUUAGAAAUUGUCCAAGUCAAACAUUUUGAUGCACUCUCACAAUUAUCACCACUUGAAUCCCAGUGAGUAUUUUGAUAGACUUUCAUCAAGACAUCAUGUUUCUCAUACAUUUUUAAAGGUAAAGCUCAUCAGCAAAAAGACCAGGAGUGCCUGAGUAAGUCCAUUAAACCUGAACAGAUUGAAAUCAAUUCUACCUCACAUGGAAGUAUUUUGGAGAACAUUGCUAAACUAAUAAAUUAAAAUGGAUCACACUACAACUCUUGUUAAAAUCUCGAUUCAUUUUCUAACAGCGGCUCUGACAGUACCGUAUUCUGUCAUUCAAAUCUCUCAGGAUGACUCCGCCCCCACCCGCAGGGUAAAAGUGCUCACUUGAUGGUUUGAUGUAAAUAAAGAUCAUUUAAAUUGUGUUAUGGCAUAUA